CUUCAUCUAACGUAUUACAUCGAACAAAUCAGCGUUCAUCAAGUCAUCUACCCUGGGCACAGCAGUGAUUUCGUGAAGUUUCCUCCCCCUGGCAAACUUACCCAAAGCGGUCGUGAUUUCCUUUCCCGGAGCAGCAGCAGCAGCAGUUGAAGCAGCAGAAGGAAUCAUAGCGGUGUAUGACCGUGAGCACAGGCUUCGAGCACAGGUUCACGAAUAGCCCGAGCAAGUCGUGUUUGUGCUAAGCUCACACACAGCUUCGUGUUUUUUGGCGGCAGCCGUGCACUUUUAUCGUUGUGCUACUGUUUACAUUUUAAGGUGAUCCGUUGUAAUCAUUGUAAUUUGUGAGUUAGACAUCAAAUUGUGCGUGUGUGUGUGUGUGCGUGUGCGUGCUGAAGAUAGUUUGUCUCCCAACCACACUCGACUCGUUUUAAAGUGUCACCCCCCCUCUUCGACUCCGAACCACCCUCCUUCACCCCGCUUCACCCUUCCUUUGCGAUGAGAGUGUGAUAAAAAUAAGAACUAAACCACUGCGUGCAUUAACAUUGUUGCUAGAGACUGGGCGGAGAUGAUCGUGGUGUUUGAUUUACGCGUGUGUGAAAUAGAGCAAUAUCUUUAGACCGUGCGUAACCUUUCAUUCUUCUGCCUUCUCCUCCUUUUCCCUUCCAACCCGAGUGCAGCACUGACACAAGAUAUUUCCUGUGAGAAUAAUCGGUCGUCGUGGUCGUCGUUGUUGGGUCGUUCAUCAUCACCGCGCGUAAUCACUGUGUUGCUGAGGUCAAAGCGUCGUAAUCGGUACACGACUUGUGCCCUAAUCUUGCCCUGUGCGUGCGAUACGGCCUACAGGUUCGACAACACAGUAGGCCGUUCGUACGCGGCUUGAAGAACAAAACGAUAGCGUGAGAUCGCGUGUGUGAGAAGCGGAAGCAGCAGGAAAAAAGCCGGAGAAAAGGAAGAAGAGGAGAUGUCCUCGUUAAAUCGCGAACUGUCCACGGACAGUGCGUUUGCCGCUGGCCGCAACAGUUGGAAUCGCCACUAUCAUAACAGCGUCGUGCAGCCUCUGUUGACAGAUCUGUACCAAAUAACGAUGGCGUACGCUUACUGGAAGUCGGGCAAAAUCGACGACCACGCCGUGUUCGAUCUGUUCUUCCGCACGAACCCAUUCCAAGGCGAGUUUACGAUCUUUGCCGGGCUGGAAGAGUGUUUGAAAUUUCUCGACAGUUUCCACUACUCCGAAACAGACAUUGAGUAUUUGAAACAUGCCCUGCCCCAAGGCAUCGAGGACGAGUUUUUUGAGUAUUUAAGCCAACUGACGGCGAAGGACGUCACGCUGUAUGCAAUAGAAGAGGGAUCGGUCGCUUUCCCAAGAGUUCCCUUGAUAAAGGUGGCCGGGCCGCUAAUUAUAGUACAAUUGCUUGAAACAACACUUUUGACGCUGGUAAACUAUGCGAGUUUAAUGGCCACGAACGCCGCCCGGUAUCGUAUGGUCGCUGGGAAGCACAUACACCUGCUGGAGUUUGGGCUGCGCCGUGCCCAGGGCCCGGACGGGGGCCUCUCCGCCUCAAAAUACUCCUAUAUCGGUGGGUUUGAUGGUACAUCGAACGUGUUGGCCGGCAAGCUGUUUAACAUUCCAGUGAAGGGUACUCACGCACACGCCUACAUUACCUCGUUCACCGGAAUCGACGAGCUGAAGACGCGCGUACUGCAGCACAAGGAGGAUGGAACGACCCGCGAUUUGCUGGAGCUUGCGAUGGAACAUCGAGCCGCAAUCGCGAGCGUCCUGGACGUUUCGACGGACGAGAGCAGCGAGGGCGAGCUGGCCGCGAUGGUGUCGUUUGCGAUCGCGUUCCCGGACGGGUUCAUGGCCCUAGUCGACACGUACGAUGUCAAGAGCGAUAAAGCUCUCGGUGAACCGACGGAGGAACUGUCCGAUCCGCCCGAUAGCGUUGUGUGCGAUUCGCUCUGUGCCGGUCGGCUGCUCGAUCAGGACGCGGAUGCAGGUUCGCUGCUUCCGGUGGGGUGUACCGCGCUGCCCGAAAUACCGGAAGAGGAGUGCAACGGAUGCUGCGCGGAGGAGCACGGCGAAACACCCUGCACGCUGCAUGACGAUGUGGAUGUGGAACCAUCAUCGGCAGGCGAUGAGCAGGAGCAACAGGCUGAGGAGGAAGCAACUGAGCCGGACGCGGCGGAAGAAUCCUGUCCACCACCAUCGAUCACGGUGGAAGAUGAAGACGAGGUGCCGGUGGGAGAGGGCGAACCAGGCAAAGGUGGAAGCGAUGAAAAUGGCAAUGAAGACAUUGAAGAUCAAAAUGUACGUAACGCAACGGAGCAGGAGCAGGAGGAGCAGGGCGAAGAUGAUGAGUCACAUGAGAAUCAGGUCGAUGUACCAGAGGAGGAGAUUGAGGAGCAGAAGGAAGAGGAUGAUGGCGGUGGCGAUGGUGGUGGUGGUGGUGGUGGUGAGGAUGAGAUUAUCCGUUGUGCAAACUGUGAAGCAUUGAACACCAUGAUCCAUCAUCUCAAGUCCGUUGGAAAGUCCUUCAGGAGCGGUUUGCUGAACUUCUGUGCCGUAGCGCUGGGGCUGAACGAUCAGGGCUACCGUGCGAUCGGCAUUCGCAUCGAUUCCGGCGAUCUGGCGUACCUGAGCUGCCUGGCGCGCGAAACGUUCGAGCGCAUCGCGGAACGGUUCAAGCUGCCGUGGUUCAGCAAGCUGACGAUCGUGGCAUCGAACGACAUCAACGAGGACACGAUACUGAGCCUGAACGAGCAGGGCCACAAGAUCGAUUGCUUCGGCAUCGGAACGCAUCUGGUAACCUGUCAGCGGCAGCCGGCCCUCGGUUGCGUGUACAAGAUGGUGGAGAUUAACAACCAGCCCCGGAUCAAGCUGAGCCAGGACGUGGGCAAGGUGACGAUGCCGGGCAGCAAGAACGUGUUCCGGCUGUACGGAGCCGAUGGGCACGCGCUGAUCGAUCUGCUGCAGCGGGUGGACGAAAACCCGCCCGAGGUCGGCCAGAAGGUGCUGUGCCGCCAUCCGUUCCAGGAGUCGAAGCGGGCGUACGUCAUUCCGACCCAGGUCGAACCACUGUACCGGGUGUACUGGGCUGAGGGGCGUGUGGCCCAGGUGCUGCCCUCGCUCGAGGAGGUCCGGGAGCGGGUGCAGGCUUCGCUGCGCACGCUGCGCCAGGAUCACAAGCGGACGCUGAAUCCGACCCCUUACAAGGUGGCGGUAAGCGAUAAUCUGUACAACUUCAUCCACGAGCUGUGGCUGCAGAAUGCACCGAUCGGCGAACUCUCAUGAUAAGUCGGUGGUCACGCAAGACGAUGGAAAUUGGCACUCUGGUUCACACACACCACCACCACAACACACCUUGUAAAGGUGUGGUGCGCGUGUGUUUGUUGGCAGUUUGUGUUCUUCGAUUUCAGUAAACAACAUUGAUGCAGUGUUGUGCGGUUUAUGGUUUUUUAAGUUAUAUGUUUCGUUUUUCUUUAGUUGUUUUGUUUUUAAAUUUCAUCCCAAAACCAGUGGAAACUCCUUUCCGUGGGGUGCUGUUCCUGAAACAACUUUCACGUUUAAAAGCAUCCGGCCCGUGGGAAUGGCAGGGGAAAAAAGAACAGCUAUUCUCAAAACUAAUCCCCUUUUUACCAAGGGUGCUGUUAGGAUCAUCGCACAGAUUGUUUGUGUGUGUGUUAGUGAGUGUAUUUUGUGUGCAAAGUAGUAGUGCAACGUUUGUCAGUAGAUGAAGACAGUUUUUACCGGUAAAACCACAUUUCAAUACAUAAAACACAUACUCGAACGACGGAAUUUGUUGUUUGCGCCCCAGAGCCGUGCAAUUGUAUGGUAGUGUAGUAGGCAAUAGGGAGCUGAAAGUCUAGCAGGUGCGAUAUAAAAUGUUGGUUGGUCUUUCUCCCCACUUGCCCGAGCUUGGUCAGCGCUCAAGCUGGACGACUGUGGCGUUCGUGGGUUACAAAUUGUUAUGAUGCGCGCUAGAUUAGUUAAUGUAGUAGCUACACUCUUUCCAAGCCAUAGGGGUUUGCAUGAAAGCUUAUUUUUAAUCGAAUAAAAACACGGCACCACAAACAAACAAACACGUACCAGAUUGUAUCACAAACACACCUCUACGGGAACCUGCAAUACGUUGUUAAAGCAUACAUAUAUUUUUAAAUAUAUUCAUAUUGUGACAGUCAUUCCUUUUUCUCCAACACGAUUCCAUUCCCGGCUCUGGAGCAGACUGGAGGAUCAAUUGUUGGAUUAAUAGUUUCUAUAGACAGAGAAGCGGUGUGGCUAGUGAGAAAAGAGAGAACAAAAACACAUAGCUCUCCAACAUAUUCACCCAUAACAACAACUAAGCGCACCAAAAAGGCAUUUCUAACCCAUAAAGCUCCUUAAAAGUCCACAAAAGCACAUGUAAACCAUUGAGCAGCGUACGUUACAAUUUUGUACCUUCUUCCAAUAAGCAAAAACCCCAACAGGAAUCCCAACAGGACAGGACAAAUGGAAGUAAAACGAUUUAAAUUUGCCCCGCACCCAGUGCGGCGCGAUCGAUAUUAUCCCUUUUAGCGACCCAAAGGGGGGGAAAGGGAAGCGUCUUGUGAUAUUGAUGGAUUUGUUGUGUAGAGUGUGAAAGUUCGUGUGAGAGCGUUUAAAUGAUAAAAUAGUAGAACUAACGUUACCAAGUAAAUGUAAAAUGGCAAGCAAUUUGUUGCAAAUUCAGAAAAGAUUUCGAGAACAAGGAUAAGAGGAUGAUCUGCUGUUUGUUAUUUGUGUAGAUCCAUAUACGGUGCGAAAAUGAGUUUAGGAGAUUGAAAAACAAUUUAAAAAUGAAUAAACACAGUACAGAACAAGCUAUAUAAUGUAUAUGAGUAGAUGUGGUGUGUUCUAUCUAGGGCGCAAAGGUGUGCAGAACUCUUUGCUACAGCAAACGAUCACCGUGCCUUAAAAUUGAGUUACACGAUACACACAUUUUGGUAGGAUGUUUUGGCCACACAGACACACACCUGCUCUGAGUAAAUACAUUGCCAGAAAUGUGAUAGUCCGCCCCACUGCAACACACUUUAGUUUAGAAGAGGGAACACAACAAAAAGGCAAACAAACAGCAAUAAUUAAUUACUCUUUUAAAAAUAAGCUUUCAUGGUAUGGAUUUCAAUUACUCUGGUUUUGGCAAAGCAAUACUUGGUACAGUGUAUGAAGCCGGUCAAAGGCAUUCCACUGUUUGCAAAUGCAAAAAAAUAGUCUAAAAUAUGCUAAACUUUGCAACUUUACACUCCUACAUUGCACUGCUGCUGCACGAUGAGAUGAUGCAUUCCUUCGAUUGGACAGUGGGGGCGAGCAACAGCAAACCAACCCCAUGGAACAUGUUCUCGUUCCGCAAACACAUAACCAACACACACACUUUCUCUUGUACGAGCAACUAUGUACAAGAAAACAUUUGAACGUUUCACUAUCCUGGGGUUAAAUGGGGCUGAAGAGAGUUGUUUUUAACGCGACACUUAUUUACUGUUGGAACACGUUUAGUGGUGUAGCUGUAAGCUACGAAAUAAACACACACACACAACACAAACACACAGUAAUAGUAUGCAAACUGUUAAAUUGUACGAAUUAAACACGCGCGGCUGGUAGCUUGUGACGAGGGAUGAUGGAAUAAAAUGUGUGUUGCUGCGGGGAAGAGUGUACCAGCAGGAGGGAGGAGGCGAUCGGUAUGGCUUAAUAAUGUGUA